AUGCAAUCUGGAUCAAUCGACUGUCUUUCAUGGUCUGCAGCAGUAUAUUGAACAUAUAUUUUACCGAUCACAACAAGUCUCUUUGGAUAUCGUAGGCUACUGUACACUCGUGGAAGAAGACAGCUGCCUCAAACUUUGGGAUUUUAUGUCCACAGCUAGCAAAUGCAGUGUGUCGCUCUAUUUCACUUAUAAGAUGCGGCUUUGAUAUUGACGUUGCCAUUGAUAGCAAUGCAUUGCAAACCAUGCUUCUGGUGUGUAGUUGUAAACAUGAUAGGUGUUAGCACACUACUGGGACAUGCAGUCGUGGCAUAUAUGUGCACUUUGUACACUGUCUAAUUGCAGCCUGUGUGAUAGACAUUUUCUUUCAAUUGUACAUUGUGUGCGCUGAAGAAAUGGCUUUGGAAGAAGCAGAGGCACAGCUCGCCGAGCUUGAACUUCUGACCAGCAUGUUUCCCAGUGAAGAAGAAUUUGUUGUCACAGAUCAACUGGCUUUUGCAGAACUCAGGGACUAUGUUGAGGGGGUGUCCAGUGUACCCCCACAGUCAAGACCUGACUUUUUAAUCAAACACAGAAUGGACACUGAAAGCACAAAGGAGGUGGAUGUGACCAUUUCGUGCACCUAUUUGUCAGACUACCCCAAAGUCCUUCCUGAGAUUUCUGUCAGGUGUGCACAGCUUAGUCGAGCUCAGCAAACGCAGCUGCACGCCGACCUCCAGGCCUACCUGCUGGAGAACUGCUGUGGAGAGGUGUGUUUGUUACCUGCAUUGGAAUGGGUCAAAGACAACGCCGGCCAGUACAUUGACAGGAGCACGCAAGCCACACUGCCUCCCAAGAGAGACACAGCAGCAGUUCCCACGCAGGAGAUGUUCACUCGCCUGUGGAUCUACAGCCAUCACAUCUACAACAAGGUCAAGAGGAAGAACAUUCUAGAAUGGUCUAAGGAACUCAAGCUGACGGGAUUCUGCAUGCCAGGCAAGCCUGGGGUUGUCUGUGUGGAGGGCCUAAGGACACUUUGUGACGAGUUUUGGGGCAGAGUGAAAGUGCUGACAUGGAAGCGGAUAAUGAUUCGCCAUCGAGAGGAUAUUCCUCUGGACACCGGCCAUUGUGACAGCCCAGACGAGAGCAUUGCCUCGCUCCGCAAGUUCACCGGGUUCGAGGAGGCUAUGUUUGAUCCCCAUGGAAACCGGGGAAAUCACAUGGACCUUGGGCAGCUGUACCAGUUCCUCAGCGAGAAGGGAUGCGGGGAGAUUUUCCAGUUGUACUUUGGGAUUGAGGGGAAAUAGCCAAGCCUUGCGCCAGUGGUGGUGUUGACUCCCAUGGUGCAGAUAAGGGUCUCUGGCUGUAGACUGUAAUCCUGUGGGGUCCUUCAGAAGGCAGUAAGGGCUUUGCUGUGCUCUACUGCACUGAUGGAUGUGGUGCUGCUCUAAAUUUUAAAAAAUAAAUUUAAAAUUAUAACGCAUAACACUUCCA